GGUGAAUAGUGAAUACCUGAUUCACGAUACUUUUUGCUGUGACAACUGAAAGAGCCUUGCCUGAAUGGAAAUCAGCUCCUCGUUGAUGAGUGUCCACCUCCCUUUUCGGAGGAGUCGUUCAGAAAGCCCGCCGCUCUCGCCGAUUCGCUGGCUUUUGCCGAUUUCCUCAGUGGUAAAGAUCGUUGAGGAUACUUCACUUGCGCUUGACGAGUAUUAGCUUGUGUUUACUGAAAUGUGAAGACUGAAGGCGGCAAUUCUGAAGUUGUGUUCGGAAGAAAAAAAAACUUAUUAGACAUCGUGUUAAUCAUUUGCGAUGGCCGGCGGACGCAGGGGGGCUGCCGGUAGAACGCCUCCCCCCCGAACUUUCAGUGAAGAUGCUGACCGAUUGAGUGCCGGAAAGUCUUCAGGACGAUAUGUGGGACCGCAACAUGUCACGAUGCCAAACAUUCCUAUGGACUCGAAUCUCAUUUUUGAGUUCAUGAUGUUUUGCUACACCAUGGCGGCGCUUUUUCUCCAGUAUCUGCAUCUGUAUCGAACCGUCUGGUGGUUACCUCAUUCUCACAACAGCCUUGCGAUGGCAAGUCAUUCAAACUUCUACCUGAUUGAUCCAUACCUUGUGCUUUUCAUCGCUACUGUCCUGGGUCGGCGGUUGUUCUGGACGCUUGUUACUUCUUUCAGCAAUUCCCUUUUUCCUAAUUUUGCACGAAAGUAUGCCGACAAGACACUCAAGACAUUCGUCGUGGUUUGCGUUGUGAUCACCCUCCUUCUCUGCACGUACCAGAUCUUUCAGAAUCAUCCGAUUGUCAAUUUCUUUUACCUGUGUUAUCCACUUUCAGUUUACUUCAUUCUGUUCUGGCCGGAUUUCAUGGCGUUCUUCUCGUUGAUUCCGUACUACGAGGUACCUGGGAUCAGGUUAGAUGACUCCCGGGCAAGACCACAUCGACCAUUGUAUCAUUCGUGUGUUGGCGGAGCAGAGUCCAUCAGAGACGAAGUGGAUGCGUUCAAAACAGAUUUCAACCUUCGAAUGAAGCAGAUUUUGUUCAACUCCUUGCUGAAUGCGUACUACGCCGGCUUCGUGCCUUGUUGUUUUGCCCAAAAUACGCUCCACUACGAUGUGUACUGGGUGACCCAGCACUUGGGAUGCGUUUGGGUCAGUUGUUUUAAUUGGUACAUCGUCCAGUGUUACCCGCCGCGGUACUGCGACUUGUUGCACAAGACCGCUUUACAUCUCGGCAAAUGGAUCAGGCUGGAAGGAAAGACUGCACAUUUGCCAUAUACGCAGUGGACAAGUUCAGUGAUCUGGCCUCAUGGAUCGCUGGUGAAGCAUUCAAGAGAAAUCUUCAGGGCUGAAGGAGUCUCCAAUGCUGCAGUUCCUGGAAACUCGACUCAUUCUCGUUUUUUCAUGUUGUUCAGCAAUCCGUCUACUUUGGCCUGUUUGCUGCUGUCCCUACAAAGCUUAUUGGUCGUGGCUCAACUGUUUUCCCUGCUGAGAACGUCUGAGUGGCAGAACAUAGUUUCCGUGGCUUUACUGCUGUUCGGAAAUUAUUACAUUCUGUUCAAGUUGUUGCGAGACUACGUGAUAAUGUGGAAAGUUUACAGGGCUGAACAGCUCAUACAAGACACCAAGAACUAAGUUUUUGUUUGUGAACCAGUCCUUUUCAGUUUUGCCAUGAAGUCUUUUGUUAGGUCUGUGAUUGUGAUGCAAAGUUUGACCUGGA